AUGGCGCUGUUUAUUUCACAAUUUCUCAAAUUGCCACACGCCCUGAAAGCUAUAACGUUUUUGUUGAGCCUAUGUCUGGCCCUAUGCCUCCUCAUCGCCCCAUCAGCACCGGGCUCCUUCCUAGUGUGGUUCACCGUCUUGAUCGCCUUCCUCCUCGACCUAUGUGCAGCUGCAAUCCUAAUAUUUGAGCUAGAGGAAAUAGUCUUCCCGCUAUGCCGCUCUAUCAGCUUUAGCAUGACGGAAUCCCUAGGUGCGUUGUUGUUGACCAUCCUCCAUUUUGUGUCGAUGUGGAUGUGCUACAAUGCGAAAACAUGGACGAACAGCUUCACAUGGACCGUGGCAUCCGGGCUCUGCUUAUUACAAGUAGCCGCAUUCGGCUUCGACUUCUUCCAAUAUUUCCGCGUAUGGCUGAGGGAGCAGCGAGAGAUUGCCCAAAACCUGCGAACCGAAGUCCCGCCCAACUAUGGAAUGCCA